AUGAGAUCGGUAGCAACGAUUGGGAGAGAGUUCUUCACACUGAAGCGGCCUUACAGUAGCACCCGGGCAUUCUCAUCCCUAUUAACGUCGCCGCCGUCCAAGGCCGUCGUCUACGAGCAGUUGGGACCCCCUGACUCCGUGACAAGAGUGAUAAAGAUGGAAGGAGUGGAAGUGAAAGAUAACGAUGUUUGCGUUAAAAUGAUGGCAGCUCCGAUCAAUCCCUCUGAUAUAAAUCGCAUUGAAGGAGUAUACCCAGUGAGGCCACCUUUGCCUGCAGUCGGUGGAUAUGAGGGUGUUGGAGAGGUGUUUUCUGUGGGCGCUGCAGUUAAACACAUCUCUCCUGGCGAUUGGGUCAUUCCAUCUCCACCCUCUUUUGGAACGUGGCAGGCUUACAUUGUUAAAGAGGAGAGUGUUUGGCACAAAAUCAGUAAGGAUUCACCGAUGGAAUAUGCUGCUACUAUUACUGUUAAUCCUUUGACUGCUUUAAGAAUGCUUCAAGACUUUGUCGCUCUAAAUUCAGGAGAUUGUAUUGUGCAAAAUGGGGCUACAAGCAUUGUAGGGCAGUGUAUCAUCCAGCUUGCUCGACUUCGGGGCAUCCAUAGCAUCAAUAUAAUAAGGGAUAGGGUUGGGUCAGAUGAAGCCAAGGAAAUGUUGAAAAGACUAGGAGCUGAUGAAGUGUUUACUGAGAGCCAACUGGAAGUGAAGAAUAUUAAGGGUCUUCUGACUAAUUUGCCUGAACCUGCUUUGGGAUUCAACUGCGUUGGUGGCAAUUCAGCUUCUUUGCUUCUCAAAUUCUUGAGGCAUGGCGGAACAAUGGUAACAUAUGGCGGAAUGUCAAAAAAACCCAUUACAGUAUCUACAUCAUCUUUCAUUUUCAAGGAUCUUUCCUUGAGGGGAUUCUGGCUGCAGAAAUUGAUGAAUUCUGAUAAAGCAAAUGAAUGCAGAAAUAUGAUUGACUAUCUUCUUUCCCUGGCACGAGAAGGGAAGUUGAAAUAUGAGACGGAGUUGGUUCCUUUUGACAAUUUUCACACUGCAUUGGAUAAAGCACUUGGAAAACUGGGGAGCCAACCUAAACAAGUUGGGUACGAGUCGUAUACUGAGAUGGAUGAGCUUCUUCAUUUAGCCUUCGUGAAGCUGGAUUGGGUUUUCACUUGA